AUGGCUAACGGGAGUCCAGUAAAGGAGAAGACGGAGAGGGACAUUUUUUCUGACUUAAAAGGAUGUGAGGAUUUGCAACAGUGCGUACUCCAAAAGGAAGAGGACUUCAGGGGGUUCCUGGCUCACAUUGUAGGCCAGAAGCUGAAGGACCGUCUAGUGGCAGCAUGGGACUUGUCCUCCAACUACGGCAGCAAAGUGCUCCUCCUGUUGGAUGAAGACAGAAGAACACUGCAGAAGGCGGAGGAGGAGUACAGAGAAGACCCAGGAAACACUGUGAAGGUUGGUGCAGCUUGCUUGCCAGCAUGCCUCUCCAAGAUCCACAGGGACACCGUGGUGAGGAUAUUCGGACAGACAUCUGGGAACAGCGAUCAGCUGUCCACCUACAGCGGCUCCUCCUUGGCUGACAUGCUGCUUGAGACAGAUCUGAAGUCUGCAGGUCUGUUCUCCAUUGACGGCAACACCAGCACGGUUUUCCAGAUGAACUUCAUGAGGGCGUUUAAGAUGCGUGAGGUGACCACUGUAUUGGAGGCCAACAGGCAGUUCCAGGUUCUGAAUCAGGGAGACUCAGCAGUCAAGUUCUCUCCCAAAAGUUCAGCAAGAGGCACUGACCGCACCACGAGAUAUGACGCGCAGACGAUCCUGAUCAUGGAGGACAACCCUGUGGUCAGACAAGCAGCCACAUACUUGUAUGACAAACAUCCCACCGUCAGCUCGGUGUACAUGCUGGACCAGAACAACCAACCGAAGCUCAUCAGAGGAGACGGAGACGCCUUGUCGGCGGAGAGCCGUCUGGUCCUGGUGGGCCACGGAGUGAAAGGCAGUGAUGGAGAGAUGAAGGUGGCAGGAAAAGGGGCGCCGGAGCUGGCGGACAUCAUCUCGAGGAUGGACAGGCUUGGGGAGAAUAUCAAAACCACCAGCAUUGUGGCCUGCGAGGUGGGCUCCGACGAGGCCUUCAUCAUAACUCUACUGCAGGAGCUCAAGGCCAAGUCCAUCAUCACCGAACUGCAUGGACGGAGCUCAGUUUUAGAAGUUAGUAAUGCGGGAGAGAAGGUGACGGUGGAGAUCACUCCAGAUGGACUAGUGAAGAGGCAUAAAGACGACAGUAAGAAGGUCAUUGCCUGGCUGACAGAAAAUGGGGACGUAGCCAUCAAAACUCAGUCCAAUAGCAGGGGAAGGGAGAUCUUCUCAAACGAGAGAAAUUUCUUGGGUGGAGAUCAGUCAAAUCAAGAAUUCCGUCCAUACGUUGAUCAAAAUGCACGCAAACCUCACACUGAUGUACUUGAGAGUUUGGCAUGGGGCUUUCUCGCUGAUAAAGUAAAGCUAGAUGUCAGUAUUCUUAAAAGCAAACUCAAAACCCACCAACUUUCACAAAAUAAUGAGUAUGUGUACAAAGUGGAAGGAAAAAGAUGUGCUGAGGGAAACGGUAUAAAAAUGAAAAAAGGAAGUAAAAUAUAUGAAAUCAAGUCCAAUGAUGAUAUUCUCAAUUUAAUAGCUUUUUUUGGAAAGAACGGAGAUAAAGGGCAUUUCUCCUAUCUUAUGUUGAAUGACUGGAUUUAUUGGAUAGAUACCAAUAACCUUUAUGUUUAUCCUGUUGGAAAAAAGUUAAACAAUAAUGAGAAAUCUAGUAUCAAUAAGAAGGAAAUCAUCACAAACAUUGAAAAAUGCAUUACAGACCAAAAAGGCAAAGAAAGUUAUCAUAACAUACUGCGAGAAAUACAAAACAUAGGAGAAAUAAGCUAUGGUAAAUAUGCCCGGCACACAUUCCAAGGUGACUUUUCUACAGUGAAACUGCCUCCCUCUACUGAGGCCUGGUACUCCACAUAUUUCCUAGCCUCUGUCAUAUCAGAGUCAGCUCGAAAUUUUCGGACCUUACCUCUAAUUAGUAUGGCAAUGGAAAUGUCUGGAAACUCAAAUGAACGCAUCAGUGAACACGGACUGAAACUUCUACUAGCAGAACACCCAAUGGCACGACCUGGCUCCUGGAUAAAUAGUCCUGACAGAGGCUUUGCGGGGUCAAUCAGUACGGCAAAGGACAUAAAGUACACCAGUGAUGGUAAACCCAUUAGAAAAUUAGAUAUCAAGAAACUGAUUGAACUUGAAGGAAAAGUUUAUAAUGAGUGGCUCUCAUCUCUGGGCAAAGAUACAUUCACUCCAGAUAUGGGGCAGAAAUUAAUGAAUAAUUUGCUGAACCAGGCGAAUCCACAAGCAGAAUCACAACCAGUGGGCACUUUUAAAGAGGCUUACCGAAAGUUCACUGACAAUAACGACCAGCGACAGUACUCUGGAGGCUUAGGAGGGGCAUCUGAUGGACCUGUGACACGGCAAGCUGUGGACACUCACGCAGAUGUAGAGCAUUCCAUGAAGCUCACCUCCCAGUUCUCACGUUCUUCCACCAUGCUCUCUCAGGAGAUAAACACUCACCUGCAGAAGCAGUUUGGAGCCUCGCUGGGAGAGUACAGAGUCAAGCCCGACAGUAUCAGGGUGGUGGAUGGUGAGUUCUACUUCGAAGAAGUUUCAAAGGCAAACCCUGAUGACAAAUUUAGCUCCAAGGUCACACUGUCUGAAGAGGGGCAAAUGCACAUGGAGAAGAUCAAGGACAGUAUGCGCAGCCUUUCAGACGAUGCACUUCCACAGGCUGGGAAGACUAAGAAAGGAUCGGACCAUUUGCACCGUACGGGAGUGGCCUUAGGGGUUAUGGGGCUGAUGGUGGGGGCUCAGGGAGCAGUGAAGGCUUUUGAGAGGGGUGACAUUAAAGAGGGUGCAAUCGGGACCGCACAGACAGUUCAUGGAGUCACAGGACUCAGCCUGGCCAUGCUCGGCAAACAGCUAGAGGUCACAAAGAGCGUGAAGGUCUUCAAGGCCAUUAAAACAGUACUGAGAAACCCUGUGACCAAAUUCGCAACAAGAGCAAUGCCAGUGAUUGGAAUAGGGUUUGGAAUAUACAGUAUAUACGAAGACAUAAAACGAGGAGAUACUCUGGGAUACAUUGACGCUGCUAUUGAUUCUGUAAUGCUUGUGUUGGAUGUGGUGGAAAUUGCCGUACCAGUACUAGCCCCAAUAAUUGUCCCUCUUAACCUGGCUAUUAGUGCCUUCCGCAUGCUCUUUGAUGAUGUCUACCUAAGCAUAGAGUCUGAGUUGAGCAACCUUCCACCAGACGCUGGAGUGCUCGACAAAAUUGGGGCCUUCUUCCGUGGCCUUGGCAAGGGAUAUCUGCAUUUUGUCUUGGAUAUUCUUAGCUUUUUUUUCACCAUUCCUCACCGUGAGAUAGAGGAGGGACGUAGACUUGUGCAGGAAAUAUCUGACUACCAUAAAUAUUACACCAUUAGAGAAGUUCAGGCUGGACGGCAAGCGAUUGAUUUCACGGGCGGAGAUAUGUCAAGGUACGGAGGAGCCAUCACCUUCUGUCUCUCCGAUUAUGGAUCAUCAACGUUUUGCAUGGACAAAUUUGUGUCCUCAAAAUAUAGUCUUGGGCAUAAAUGUUGGGACAUUCACACAGGAACCACACAAGAUAUUGUUCUGGGAGUUGGUGAAUCCCAUCAAUUACAGUACAGCACCAUACACCUGAAAGUGUUACUGUUCAUCCCAGCUGGGUCCAUCGAUGUGGUUUCUGGUUAUGAGGCCAUACCCGACACCAGAUACGGGACUUAUACAGGGAACAAUAAGGACAAUAACUUCUUUGCUGUUCAGGCCAAUGAUAACAAAGACGAUAUGCAGUUCAUGCUCAGCUACUAUUACAAACUGUACGGGAAAAGCGGUAAUGACAUCUUCUUUCUGGGGCCACAAAGGAGUUAUGUGGAGGGUCAAGGAGGUCGAGAUACCUACAUCAUCCCCAAGGUCGGAGGUAAUACAGUCAUCAACAAUUAUGACCCGGAACAAACAAAGGAUUUGCUUGUGUUUAACGUCAAUUAUGACCAAUUAUCUGUGAGUAAAUCUGGUGAUGAUGUUAUUUUGAGUUUCACAAAUAGCCAUAAUGUGAGAAUCCUUAACUGGUUCAUUGGGGAGGAGUACCGCCACAUGCACAUGAUGUCAGAAGAUGGCGUCUCUUUUGGCAUUUCGAAUCUCGUGGUCUCCACCGUCAAGCUGAUCGCCCACAGUAUUGACAUGACAUCUAAGGAUACAGACCAAACAGUGGAUGCAUCCAGGCCUCCUCUUCAUACAGUGACCAACAUCAUUGGCUCAAAACACAACGAUCAGCUGACAGGAAACAGAGAGAACAACUUCCUGGAUGGAGGAGGGGGCAGUGACACUCUGAGGGGAAAGGAAGGAGAGGAUGUCUACAUUAUAAAGAAGCGACAAAAUGCUGCAGUGUCCAUUGAAAACUUCUCCAAUGAUCUGAAGGAGGAUAUGGUCAUCCUGGCGGCAGCAAUUCGUGAUCUCAUUGUCAGGGUAAAUGGUGAUCAUUUGGUGCUACUAAUCCAAUCUCAUCCCUCCUCCUCCUCCAUCACUCUGCUGAACUGGUUUCGCUCUGAAGCAGACAGGCAUCUUGUAUUCCUCACUGAUGACUUUAUAACCUUCACGGUGUCUGCAGACCGUCGGGCAUGUAUGAAAAGUAACCCUUAUGAAAAUAAAUGCAUUAUAAUUCAGGUUUUAGAUUACAGUAAGUCCAAAACCUCUCUUCAGGUUAACCUGGAAAGAGAUGAAGUGUACCAAAGCGUGACUGAGGUGCGAGGCUCUGACUUGGAUGACAACAUCAAGGGUAAUGGGCAGAAUAACAUCAUAGUGCCGGGCAGAGGCGCGGAUGUCCUACAGGGCCGAGGAGGGGCGGACUGGUACAUAAUUUCUCCAGGUGACGGCCUAAAGACAAUCGACAACUACGCCUCUGACCUAGCCAUUGAUAUGCUGUACAUCAAACAACAAUAUAAGCUCAUCAAGUGCAGAUGUGCUGGAGAAGACUUACAGUUGCUCGUGAAUGGCGCUCAACAAGUGUUACUGCGAAGGUGGUUUGCCUCCAGCAUGUCUCAACACCUUCAUGUCUCGACAUCGGAUGGCGUCACAUUCAAUCUGCCCUCCAGUUCAUCCACCUGCCACAUGCUCAACGCUCUUGCUCACGAUGAAGACUUCAAAGCUCAAAUGGAUGUACAGAUCUUCAACACAAUCUCUGCCAAAAUGGUCACGUGGGGCAUAAGAGAAUCAGUGCUGGUAGAGCCUUGCGUGCAUGAAAUCGAGGAGAGAGACGGAGUCCUUGAGAUCCAGUGUCGUGCUGCACCCAAAGGCAUUGUGUUCCGUAGCGGUUUCCCAGGCCGGGAGAAGUUUGCAGCUCUAGGCUGUCCACAUGCUGAUCAGCCUUUCUUCUCUUCUGGUUCCAUGUGGAGGCAGCGAGAGAUCUUCAGUAUGGUGUGCAGAUACUCACUGGCACUCAAGUUCCCACUCACAGUGGACAAAAGACAGCAGACUGUGGAUGCCAAUAUGAUGAUGAAUGAAGGGGAGUUUGUGUCUGUGCUGGAUCUUUUUGGCUCAUCUGGAUUUGAUGAUAUGACUGGAAAUGCAAAAGACAACACGCUUGACCCUUAUAAAGGUGGUGGUGUGAUGGUGGGUUUGGAAGGACGAGACACUUACGUGGUGAAGUCCGAGUACGGCCCGAGGGUGGAGAUCGACAACCGGGCGGAUGACAUGAUGGACGACACCGUCCUCUUUCAAGCUGAUUUCUUCAGUGGGGGAAUUAACGUCUCAUCUGAAGGCAACAACGUGCUGGUGAGCGGCAAAUACAAGGGCAGAGACACAGCAGUGCGCCUGCUCUACUACCACCGCGGAGAAAAACAAAGACACUUGGUCUUCCAUUCGUCUGACGGAGUGCACUUUCGACUGGACUACGAUCCUGACUCAGGUCCUGACACUCUGACCAUCAAGGCUGUGAAAAUCAAGAUGGCUGACGAGCAGACCGACUGCCUGCUGAACUUGAAUGCCCACACCAACCUCUCCUCCGUCCACACUGUACAGGGAUGCCCCCAGCAGGCCAACAGCAUUGAAGGUAACAAGCUGGACAAUGCAUUGACGGGUGGUUUUAAAAUGGACAUGAUGGAUGGUGGCGCAGGUCAUGACACCCUGAUGGGUGGCCAGGGGAAUGACGUCCUGCUGGGUGGCAGUGGUGAUGACACACUGUACGGAGAGGACGGGAACGACACCAUGCUUGGGGGCAGCGGUGCGGAUGCCUUCAUACCCGGACCUGGAGCUGACCUGGUGGACGGUGGGAUGGGUCGAGACACGGUGUAUUACCAAGGAGAUCAUGAGAAGGCCGAAGGCGUGUACGUGAACCUGCUGAGCGGAGAAUGUCGCGGGGCGGACGCAGAGGGAGACGUGCUCAAAGACGUGGAGAAUGUGGUCGGAACCAUCUACUCAGACAUCCUGGUGUCGGGAAUUGAGCCAGCGCUCCUGAAGGGUUCUGAUGGUCGUGACGUCCUCGUGUCACAGGCAGGAGGGGACCUUCUGAUUGGUGGAGACGGCAGUGAUGUCUACAUGCUGGUUUCGUCUCGAAGUGCUGUCAUCAUCGACAACUGCGCAGAUGACAAUGCCACUGAUGUCCUGUACCUGCGCAGCGUGUCCCUUGACUCGGUCACCUGCGUGCAGAGCAACAGCAGCCUGCAUCUGACCUUCAGGCCGGACGACAGUGAGACAGAUGUAGAGGUGGAGCUGGACUCCUGGGUCGACGGGGGCAACGCCUGCAGGCAUCUGGUGCUGAUGCUGAGGGAUGAGGAGGUUACCGUGGAGACGCUGCAGCACAAAUGCCAGCACCAGAAUGGAGAGGCAAUAUGAUAUUUAGUGCAGAAACUACUAUCUCUUUGAUAUUUGUCAGCUGUUCUUCUUCUGUAUCAGAUUGCUUAGAAACAUUGACCAUUGUUUUGUAGGCUGUUGAUGCUGGGGUCGGCCCACUGGUCCGACAUCCCCCACUGGUCCGUCAGCCGAUUAGUCCAAACAUCAGGGUCUAAGACACUGAAUUUCACAGGCAUAGGUGUUGCCCUAAUUUAGGUCUUUGAGCACUCCGUCUUUGACCACCAGUUUGAAUGUAGCAGAAGCAGGAUCCGGCAACAUCUUCUGUGUCUGUAAGUAAAGGAAGCCUUGUUACAAACCUGGGAGGGCAUUUCUCGAAACGGCAGUUGCUAACUAAAUUAGCUAGUUUGUUUGUUGCAAUGCAAUUUCACUUGGCAACUACCCAAGGUUCUAACUGGCUAACAACAACUCUUCUGAGAAACACAACCCUGAUUCACGCUUCGUGUGCGUUCAUUGUACAUAACAACCUCCACAUUACACAACAUCUCUUUGACAUGCUCAAUGUAAGCAGAAGAUAUGUAUGUACUUCUUUAACUUGCUUUUAUUCAUUUUCGCAAACGAAUAUGACGUCUUUUUGUAUACAGACUGUUGUGUUCUUUAGAAAUUUCAUACAUCGCUUAUUAAAAGAAGCAUUAAAAAGCA